AUGCUGCGCUUCAGGUCGUGUGCGUUUCAAACGAGCGGUACAGGGAUGCCUUGGUUGCUUCGCUUCAAACACCGCCUCCAGUCUACCGUUGCAGCCACUGCGGAGGCGGCCUGGACUGCGCCCCCCACCAACAGGGCGGUGGCACAUUGGUUGUACUGCUCGGCGGCGUUGGUGGGGGGCGUCGUCGUCAUUGGCGGUGUUACUCGCCUCACGGAGAGUGGGCUGAGCAUCGUGGACUGGAAGCCCGUGACGGGCGUUCGUCCGCCCCUCACACGUCAGGAAUGGGAGGAAGAGUUUGCCAAGUACCAAAACUUUCCAGAGUUUAAGCAGAAGGACAGUAUGACUAUGGAGGAAUUCAAAUUUAUUUUCUUCUGGGAAUGGGCCCAUCGACUCAUGGCGCGCAGUCUUGGACUUGUCUACGGAGUUCCCAUGAUGUACUUUCUAUGCAAAGGCCGUUUCAAGGGGCACAACGCACUCGCCGCCGCCCUUGUCGGGAUUCUUGCGCUGGGUGGGGCGCAAGGGGCAAUGGGGUGGUACAUGGUUCGCAGCGGCCUUGACCCACGGCUGCUGGAGGAGCGGCGGAAGGCCACUGUUUCAGCCUACCGCCUCGCAGCCCAUUUGGUGUUGGCCUUUGUGAUAUACUCCUGUAUGAUGCGUGUUGGAUUUGGCUUGAAACUUCCACAUCUGGGUGAAUUCCAAGGCAAAACCGUUAUUCAGUGUUGGUCCCGACUCUCGUUCGCCGUUGUUUUUUGCACCGUCGUCUCGGGAGCUUUUGUUGCGGGGUUGGAUGCAGGUCUCAUGUACAACAACGAGUUUCCUUGGAUGGGCGGCGGUCUUGUGCCUCCCCGCGAUCACCUUUUCACGGUGGAGCCCUGGUGGCGCAACGCCCUUGAAAACCCAGCGGCGGCGCAAACCUGGCAUCGCUUGAUGGCUGCUGCUAGCACUGCUUCUAUUUUGGGGUUGAAUGUAGCCUGCCUUCGCCACGGUGCAGUGCUACCAAAGAUGCUGCGACGUGGCUUGAUGCCUGUCAACGGCAUUCUGGCUCUGCAGGUUGGGCUGGGCAUUUGGACCAUUGUCUCCUACGUGGAUGUGCCAAUUGCCACGACGCAUCAGUUGGGCUCACUGCUCCUGUUGACGAGCAUCAUUCGCCUCUGUGCCCUCCUUGGGUCCCGAGGGCUGCUGUUAGCAUAG